CAUGGGGUCUGGAAAGGAACUACUUAUUCUGGGGUUCAUCUUUGUGCUCAUCAGCUCUGCAUCUGGAAGCUGUGAUAACGGCCUAGAAUUUAAAGAAGGAAAAUGUUCUGACAUUAACGAGUGUGAAUCAUCGAGUCAAGAAAAUGUGACUAUUUGUGGGAAGAACUCAAAUUGCUUCAACACGAAUGGCAGCUACUACUGUCAGUGUCGUGUUGGGUUUGAAAAUUUGCCAAAGAAUAGGGCUACAAACUUCACAGCUAAAGAUGGCCAGUGCAUUGACACCAACGAAUGUCUAAAAAAUAAAAACAUCUGUGGUAAACUGGCUAAAUGUGAAAAUCUGAUCGGGAGCUACAGGUGCGUCUGCCCGUCUGGAUACGUCAACAAAAGUCACAACAACAGGACGGAGCACUGCGAAGACAUAAAUGAAUGUGAGGAAGCUGAAAAGAACCAAGAAAAUAUCUGUGGAGACAAAGGGACUUGUGAGAACAUUAAUGGGAGCUACUGGUGUAAAUGUCAAAGAGGAUACACCAACUAUGGCAACGAACGGACACCAUGCUCGAAGCUCAACUGUGACAGGUUUACAGCCAGCAAGCCUUCACCGUCACUCGGAGGCCUGGCAGACAUAUUGACCAUGAUGAGAAACAGCUGUUUGGCUCUGUCCGACUCAACUGUUCCCGGUGAAGGGAAGGCUGAUGGCGAAGCGCUGCUAGAGAAACUUUUGACGGCGACUGACUUGGUUCUGUCUCCUGGACCCGUGGAGAGCAGUAAAGGUGUGAGCGGGCUGCUUGGUGCCGUGGAGAACUCGAUUUUACUGAUUGGUCCUCAGCUCAAAGUCAACAACACCAAGAUGGACACCAAAGAAACCGUUGCACAGAUCGCUGUGAUAAAAGGGAAAACUCGCCCAACUGGACCUCUCCAUUUGACCAAUGGAAACACUAGUCUGAACACCGACUGGUCUACAGCUGCAGGGACAGGACCAUAUCCUGGGUUUGCACUCGCUGCAUUGUUGAGCUACAAGAACCUUGAGGGAUUCAUGAACAGAUCCUUCGAGGAGCUCAAAGAAGCUGAAGAAGAUGACGUGUCCUUCCAGGUUUUCUCCAAAGUCGUGUCUGUUGUGGUUUCUAAUCCGUCCACCCAGAAGCUGAGCAGCCCUGUCAACAUCACCUUCAGACAUCUACAGGACCAAGAGACGAGCCCUGAGGUGGGCUUCAUCUGUGUGUACUGGAGUGAAAGCGGGGCCUGGUCCUCAGAUGGUUGCACUCAGCAACAAACCAACGUCACACACACCGUGUGUAGAUGUGAACAUCUGAGCAGCUUUGCUGUGCUGAUGGCGCUCUACCCCAUGGAGCCCAUGUAUGAACUAGAAGUGGUGACCAAGGUCGGCCUCAUCGUUUCCCUGGUGUGUCUGGUCCUGAGCAUCCUGACCUUUCAGUUCUGCCGAUCCAUUCAGGGGACUCGCACCACCAUUCACCUGCACCUCUGCAUCUGCCUCUUCAUGGCCGACCUCGUCUUCCUGGUCGGCGUUUCUCAAACCGAACCUGAGGGGGGCUGUCGGUUUGUUGCAGCGAUGCUUCAUUUCUUCUUCCUGGGCGUAAUGGCCUGGAUGCUUCUGGAAGGGGUCCAGCUGUACCGAAUGGUUGUCCUGGUGUUUAACGCCAGCAUUCGCCCCCUCUUCCUGUAUGUCUUUGGUUAUGGGGUCCCGCUCACCAUCGUCAUUCUCUCUGCCAUCAUCAGACCAAAGGGAUACGGCACUAAGCAGCACUGCUGGCUGUCCCUGAAAGACGGCCUCAUCUGGAGCUUCUUCGGCCCCGUGUGCAUCAUCAUCAUCCUGAAUGUCUUUUUCUUCAUCGUCACUGUCUGGAAACUGGCCCAAAAGUUCACCAGCCUCAACCCAGACCUCUCCAAGCUGCACAAAAUGAGAGCUUUCACGGUGACUGCCAUCGCCCAGAUGUGCAUUCUAGGUCUGAUGUGGGUGUUUGGGGCCUUCCUGUUUCAUAAGGACAUGAUAGCGGUGGCAUAUAUUUUCACAAUCCUGAACAGCCUGCAGGGUGCCCUGGUCUUCGUCAUGCACUGCCUGUUGUCCAAACAGGUGAGAGAGGAGUAUGCUCAGUUCCUGUCCUGCAUCUGCACACCACAGAAGAAGAGAUACUCGGACUUCAGCAGCACAAAUCCCUCAAGCAGUCAGUCACAAGGAUCUCGGAGCGGACAGCUCACAGGAGAAUCCCACAUAUGAAGAGCUCAAACUCUCACGCCGCCUCAGAGACUCACACACUCACUUACA